AUGCACGGCCACAUCGCCAUUUCGCAGAUCGUCAACAUGGCGGAGAGCGCGACUUCGGAUGGCAAGCAAGCGACGGCGCCACCUCAAGGCACGGCGCCCCCCGGCAGCGCGCCACCUCUGACACAGCAGCGCACCGGCGACGCCCCUGCGAGCGCCGCACCAACAGGCGGCGGCAGCGGCCAGGCGGGUAACUUAGCGUCCGGCGACACUUCGACGGGCAGCACCAAGACGGGCGUGACCAAGCGCGUCUUCUUCUCCAGUGCCACCGGCAAGACCUCCGACGCGGACAUGCGCGAGGCCGAUGGCAACGCCUCGACUGACGCUGCAACCCAGGAAACUGGUGACGCGAACUCAGAGUCCAAGGCUCCAGACGCAGGCGGCGUGGCUCCAGACGUGGACAUGGAGGGCGUCCCUGAGUUCAAGUUACCACUACACGCGACGCUAGAGGACGUCAGGGGACUCAUCUUCGCAGGCAUGCUUCGGCAGGAGGAGGUCGAUCCCUCUGAUUUCCUGGUCCCUGAACGCCCCCCGCACUGGAAACUGCCGGCUCCGCCGAAUCUCAAGACCAACGCGUAUCUCGUGGGGGUCCCAGGGAUCGUGAGCGACAUUCGCGCGGGCGCGUUCGCCAUGGAAGGCUACGGCGGCGCGACCACGUUGGUCGGCUUCGAGGAGCCCUCCGACGAGGAUCUUCAGGGGUUGAAGGAAGUCUGUGGCGCCGACGCUGGGAUCGAUGUCCUAUGUCCACGUCGUUCGCCUCUUUCAGCAUUCGAACUGGAACUGGACAAUACCCUGAAUUCCAUCGGUAUUCGACGCGAGAUGGCCUCACUCCUGCGUCACUUCAACAGCACAAGGCUCGCUGAGCGCGUGUUCAAGAUGACCGGUUACCUGCGCGACACUCGACGCAAGUACAAGGAACUGAAGCGCGCCUGGAAAUUCACGUGCGACUACUGGUUCCUGGAGGUCCAAGAGGCGCUGGGCAAGGUAGAUGAUGCUGAGUCCAAGUACAAAGUCGCGCUGGGCGAGCAGAAGACGCGGUACCAAGACGAGAUUGAUUCUCUGGAGUCCGAGAAGACGCAACUCAAGGCGCGCCUUGCCGACUCUGAGGCACAACACACAGACUUCACGGGUAAUUGGGAGCGCCUCCACGACCUCUUCAAGCUCUGCAUCAAGGGCUCGAAGCCUCCCGAAUCCUGGGACACUGUCAUCAACGUCACGGCCAUGGACAAGCGCAAGGCUGCGGUGACCCCGUACCCAGAGAAAAGCACACGUAUGCCUCCGUCUUCGGUGUCUGGAUCGUCCGGUCGUCCUGAAAUUCUUGAUCUCACGGAUCCUGGCAGCAAGCCUCGCAGCGGUUCGAAGACCGGGGGCAAACCUCAGGAUUCCAAGAAAUCUCAGGGUUCCAAGAAAGGUCAAGACCCCACAAAAUCACGGGGCUCUGAGGCGCCAGACACACAGUCGAAGUCCGCGAGCUCCAAGGUUCACAAGGUUCAGCGUCGUCCCAAGAAUCAUCAACCUGGCCGUGACUCUGUGCGUCGCGCCGGCGAAAAGACUGUGGUGGCCAAGGAGGCCGCACACACGAUGCUCCCGGGGGGUGUCGUCUGGAAGGAAAUUCGGCCAGACCCGCAGCUGAUCAAGAUGCUCGUGAGCAUGAUGUACUGGUGUCGUCUUGACCUGACUCCCUGGAGCAAGUACGUCCCUGAAGCCUACUACGAAAUGGCAGACGAGUGUCUGGACAGGGACGCCGAUUCCACGGUGGACGACAUCGAGAACGACCCGGACUACCAGCCUCCCGCCCAGGAACUUGAGGAGAGCGCCUCUAGUAAUAGCUCUGAAGAGGAGGAGGAGGAGGUCGCUCCUGAAACUCUGGAGGACAUCGAGGAUACAGGGGACGACGACGACGCAGAGGACGGCAAUGGGGGUUCUAGUGGUACUCAGGGGUCCAAGGCUACAUCACGCUCCAAGCAUCCGUCGACGCUCGCGCGGAAAUCGUACUCGGAGCUCACUUCAAGUGAGUUGAUGACGGCCGAAGACCCUGAAGACAACGAGACCUCCUGGCGCAUCUAUGGGGUUCUUGUUCAAUAUCCAAGUUCGACCAAGAGUGCGUCUUGCCAGACUCCCGGGUUCCCAGAGUACGAGAUCCACAAGUAUUCGUACGACGUUGCUCACGAGCGCUGGGACCGUGAGGCAUACCAAGAAGUCCUGGAUUCUGAACCCUGGGACACUAUGCUUCAGGGCCGCUUCCGAGUGUUCUACUUCCAUGAGCGAGAGCUACUCUCCGCGAAAGCGCUCAAGCUGAUGGAGGACGUCGUGGACAUCAUGCACAAGCACGCACAGGCAAUCUGGGAGCGCGGGCACUGGGUGCCUAUUCCGACUGAAGAACAAGCAGACGCCACCAUGGAAUCUCAGCGGAAGUCGCGUCGAAAUGCGCUACGCAGAUCGUACAAGACGCUCGUCGAGCGCUCGCGCAACACCCCUGGGUUCAUCCCGUCGUUGUGGGCCAAGAAACUCGGGGGAGCUAAGUGCAAGGACUUAGACGUCCAGCUAGCGACGUUGGACAUUCGUGAGCCUGCUCGAGUCCAAUGGAACACGGCGGCUGACGACGAUAAGUGGCUACAAUACGUGCCGAACAUCAUCAAACGCCACAUCAAGCCCCUGGCCAUCCGUAAGCUCAACCCGCUGUCUCUCAAGCACUCGUGA